AUGUGCUCUUCAAGUACGCUGAUCCCGUUGAAUAUUGCCGUUGGGGGUCGCGUGCGCUACGAAUUUGCAGAUUGCGUCCUGGACACGGAAAGCUAUCAACUUCAACGGUUUGGAACGGCUGUUCCGGUUGAGCCGCAGGUGUUCGAGCUUCUUUCUCUGCUUGUUGAAAAUGCCGGCAAACUCGUUUCGAAAGACAAGAUCAUCGAGCGUGUCUGGGAUGGGAGGAUCGUGUCGGAGGCAACGAUCAGUGCCCGGAUCAAUGCCGCCAGGACCGCUGUCGGAGACAACGGCAAAUCCCAGGCUGUUAUCCGGACCGUGCAGCGCCGGGGACUUGAACUGGUCGCCCCGGUAGAGACUGAUUGCAACGAGACGUCGCCCGCCGGGACGGCGAAACGCAUGCAAACCAUUCAUUUCGUCCGAUCGGAGGACGGAACCUCGAUCGCCUACGCACGAUCAGGUGAUGGCAGUCCCGUGGUGAGGGCCGGACAUUUUCUCACACACCUGGAAAAGGACUGGUCGAGCCCGGUGUGGGGCCCUUACCUGAAGGAACUCAGUUCCCGCUACAGCCUCAUCCGUUACGACCAGCGAGGGACAGGGCUUUCCGAGGCAGAGCUCAAGGGCACAAGGAUCGAGGAUUACGUCGCCGAUCUCAAGGCGGUUGUAGACGCGGCGGGGCUGGAGACCUUUCCGCUGGUUGCUUCAUCGCAAGGCGUGCCCAUUUCUAUCGUUUUCGCGGCGGCCUAUCCCGAGCGGGUCAGCCGCCUUGUUCUUUAUGGCGGUUUCGCACAGGGCCGUGCACGGCGUGAUCAUCAAUAUGCAAACGACGAGGCCAAUGCGCUGAUGGCGCUGAUCCGGUCAGGCUGGGGGAAACCGGACAGCCCCUUCAUGGUGGCCUUCACGUCCGUCUUCUGCCCGGGGGCCUCGAAAGAGGAAAUGGACAACAUGGUCGAGAUUCAGCUCGCCUCGACCUCGGCGGAGAACGCUGCAACAAUCAGGGCGGCAUUCGAUCAGUUCGACGUUUCCGCCUGUUUACCGCAGGUGAGGGUGCCAACUCUGAUCAUUCACGCAAAUGCCGACGCAGUUCAUCCCGUUACACAAGGACGAUGGCUGGCCUCGGAGAUUCCAGGCGCCGAGUUUCUUCAGGUCGAGAGCAACAACCACGUCUAUCUGCCUUCGGAUCCGGCGUGGCGGCAAAUCGUCGACGCGCAGUUGGAGUUUCUGUCGAGGGAGCCGGGCAGGUAG